CUGCUGGGUCUAUUCGCCCGAACAGAGGCUGCUGGGUGCUGGGUCUGGCGCUGAGGUGACGGGACCGAGAAGGAAGCGCUGUACGCGCAGCAGAGGGUGGGUCUGAGGCUCCGCGACGCCGCCCGGGGGACCCGCGCCAGGGCCGGGACAGGGACCGCCGUGCCCGGGUCCCCUCCUCUCCCGCCGCUCCCGGCCCCGCUCCGCCCCCAGAGUCCGAUGGCGGCGGCCGCGCGGAGGGAGCCGGCUCAGGACUGUGUGACCUUUGAGGACGUUGCUGUGUACUUCUCCUGGGAGGAAUGGAGGCUCCUUGAUGAGCCUCAGAGACGCCUGUACCUGGAUGUGAUGCUGGAGAACUUUGCACUCAUAUCCUCACUAGGUUGCUGCUGUGGAGCAGAGGAUGUGGAGGCUCCUUGUGAGCAGAGCAUUUCUGUAGAAGUUUCACCUGCCAGGACUCCCAAGGGAGCUCCAUCUUCCCAGAAGACCCACCCCUGGGAGAUGUGUGGUCCAGUCUUGAGAGAGAUUUUCCACUGGGCUCAGCAGCACGGAACACAACACAGCCUGAAACUGUUGAGGUGUGGGGCUUGUGCAAAACGGUUUUAUUUCAGUGCAAACUUUCAGCAGCACCAGGAGCAGCACGUGGGAGAGAAACCCCUCAGAAGCAAUGUAGACAAGGCCUUGUUUGUGAAGAGCUGCAGAUUCCACGUGUCAGGGAAGCCCUUUCCUUGGGGGGAGGUUGGGAAGGACUUCCUGGGCAGCUUGGGACGUCAGCAGCAACAAGCCACUCAUACCAGGGAGAAGCCAAGCAAAAUCACACAGUGUGGAGCCACUUUACCAGGCAGAAAAAGUCAUUACACCUGGGGAGAAUGCAAGAAAGCCUUCAGCCCCAAACGCACACUUGUUCAGGACCAGAGUGUCCACGCUAGAAGACAGUGUUUUACAUGCCAUGAAUGUGGGAAAACAUUCAGGUACAAAUCCUCAUUUGUUGUGCACCAGAGAGUCCACACUGGAGAAAGGCUUCAUGUGUGUGGAGAAUGUGGCAAAUCUUUUAGGCGAAAUUCAACCCUCAAUCAACAUCGAAGAAUUCAUACUGGGACAAGGCCAUAUGAGUGCAGCAAAUGUGGGAAAUCCUUAAGCCACCAAUCUGUCCUCAUUCAUCCUCAAAGAUGGCAAAAUGGAGAAAAGAGUUAUGUGUGCAGUGAAUGCACAAAAUGUUUUAGCCAUAGCUCGGUGUGCAUUCAACAUAGGAGAGUUCAAAUUGGAGAGAGGCCUUAUAAAUGUAGUGACUGUGCGAAAUCCUUUACCUCUAGCUCUGCCCUCAGUUAUCAUCGGAGAUCUCACACAGGAGAUAGGCCUUAUGAGUGCAGUGAUUGUGGGAAAUCUUUUAUCUCUAGGUCUGACCUCCGUUAUCAUCAGAGAGUUCAUUCUGGAGAAAGGCCUCACAAGUGCAGUGAAUGUGGGAAAUCUUUUAUCACUCGUACUGCACUCCGUUAUCAUCACAGAGUUCACACUGGAGAAAGGCCUUUUGAGUGUAAUGAAUGUGGGAAGUCCUUUACCCGAAGAAAUAACCUCAUUAUACAUCUGAGAGUUCACUCAGGAGAAAGGCCUUAUGGGUGCACUGAAUGUGGAAAAUCUUUUACCUUUAGCUCCAGCCUUCGUUAUCACCACAGAGUGCACACAGGAGAAAGGCCUUAUGAGUGCAGUGAAUGUGGGAAAUCUUUUAAUGAUAGGUGGACACUCAUUCGACACCGGAGAAUUCACACUGGAGAAAAGCCUUAUGUGUGCAGUAAAUGUGGGAAAUCUUUUACCUGUAGUUCCACCCUGCAGUAUCAUGAGCGAGGUCACCUGGGAGAAAGGCCUUAUGAGUGCAGUGAAUGUGGGAAAUCUUUUACCACCAGCUCUGCCCUCCAUUAUCAUCAGAGAGCGCACACAGGAGAAAGGCCUUAUGAGUGCAAUGAAUGUGGGAAAUCUUUUAUCUCUAAGUCUGACCUCCAUUAUCAUCAGAGAGUUCAUUCUGGAGAAAGGCCUUAUGAGUGUAGCGAAUGUGGGAAAUCUUUUAUCCGAAGAAAUAACCUCACUUUACACCAGAGAGUUCACACAGGAGAAAGGCCUUAUAAGUGUAGUGAUUGUGGAAAAUCUUUUAACAAUAGGUGGACACUCAUUCAACACCAGAGAGUUCACACAGGAGAAAAGCCUUAUGUGUGCAGUGAAUGUGGGAAAUCUUUUACCUGUAGCUCUACUCUCUGUUAUCAUCAGAGAGCUCAUGCGGGAAAAAGGCCUUACAAAUGCAGUGAAUGUGGGAAAUCUUUUACUUCUAGCUCCACCCUUCGUUAUCAUCAGAGAGUACACACAGGAGAUAGGCCUUAUGAGUGCAGUGAAUGUGGGAAAUCUUUCACCUCUAGCUCAGGCCUCCGUUAUCAUCACAGAGUUCACACUGGAGAAAGGCCUUAUGAGUGUAGUGAAUGUGGCAAAACUUUUAAGGAUAGAUCACAAUUCAAUAAACACCAGAGAGCUCACACUGGAGAAAGGCCUUAUGAGUGUAAUGAAUGUGGGAAAUCCUUUAGCCAAAAAUCUUCCCUCUCAAUACACCAGAAAAUUCAUAAUAGAGAAAGGUCUUAUGAGUGCAGUGAAUGUGGGAAAUCUUUUACCUCUGUGUCUGGGCUUGGUUAUCAUCAGAGAGUUCACUCAGGAGAAAGGCCUUAUCAGUGCGGUGAAUGUGGAAAAUCUUUUACUAAUAGCUCAAUACUGAUUCGACACCAGAGAGUUCACACAGGAGAAAGGCCUUAUGUGUGCAGUGAGUGUGGGAAAUCUUUUACCAGUAGUGCCACCCUCUCUUAUCAUCUGAGAGUUCAUGCAGGAAAAAGGCCUUAUGAGUGCAGUGAGUGUGGAAAAUCUUUUACCUCUAGUUCCACCCUCCGUUACCAUCAGAGAGUUCACACGGGAGAUAGGCCUUAUGAGUGCAGUGAAUGUGGGAAAUCUUUUAUCUCUAGCUCCAAACUCCGUUAUCAUCAGAGAGUUCACACUGGAGAAAGGCCUUAUGAGUGCAGUGAAUGUGGAAAAUCCUUUAGGGAUAGUUCCCAAUUCAGUCAACACCGGAGAGGUCACACUGGAGAAAGGCCUUAUGAGUGCAGUGAAUGUGGGAAAUUUUUUAUGCGAAAAUCUACCCUCUCACAACAUCAGAGAGUUCAUGCUAGAGAAAGGCCUUAGAUAUGCAGGGAAUGUGCAGUUUCCUGUUCAGUGGAAUGACACCAGAGGAAGCUGUGAGGAGCCAUUUGUCUGAAUUGAUUCUCAUACAUCUGAGUGAACAGUGAGGAGAUUUCCUCUUAGUUAUGUGGGAAGGUUCUGUAAAUAUGUGGACGUUUCUAAGCUGUCCGAAGCUCUUUCUAGAUUGCUGUCACUCCUAGUUUCUGUGGCCAAAGCCAUUUCCCCUCUACCACCUGGCAGGUGUGCAUCGGUCACCACCCCCAUGUGCUCAAGGAAGCUGACCUCUGUUCUCCCAAGUAUUAUAGCAAGUUAGGAGUAACGUGAGCCCUUGGGGGUCAGCUGUCUGUCUGCCUUGACUACUGGAUGUGGACCUGAAUCAGUGUUGGACCAGAAAAUAUGAGUUGGGCUGUCAGCUUGCAGAAAAUGACUGCCUUUUUCAGAGACAUGUGGUCUCACAUGAUCCUUGUGAUGAAUUUUUCCAGCUUCCAAAUCAUGAACUCAGCCUGCCUGCUGCACAUUCUUUUGUCGUGUUUCAGGAGUCUCAGUGAUGACCCUGAGUGGAGGGCUGCUGUGAGAACCUCAAGUGCAUCUGAGAGCAGUUACCUCUUCUACAUAGGGGGUCUCAUGGGAUGUCAGCACUGCGUAGGGGAUAUCUUCCCCAGAUCUAUGAAGAGCCAUGUGUGCUGUUGUCCACAGUUCAUUGGGUGAGGGUCACUGGUUGUAAGACCAUUUGGUCCAGGGAAAACCAUAAUUGGUACAGAGAGACUGGCUUACCAGGGAGUGGAGGAGACUGCAGCCAACUAGAUGGAAUGUGCCUUUUCUAGAAGUGCAUCCAGAAAUGGUUCUGUGACAGCAACUGUGAGGAUCAGGUUGUACACAAAUCUCAGGACGUCCAGGCAUGUUUAUCUUCUGUAGCUGAAGUCAUCAAAAAUAAAAGAUUUUGUGGAUUUCUAUAACCUCACAAUGCUGUUUACUUCAAGGUCAUUACUACACAGGCAGGAAAAAGAAAAUGGGGAUUUAUAGUCCACGGACCUGGCUCUUCUGACCCAGGCAACAUUCCUGUAGACUCAGGUAGAAAUGUCCUUCAUUUCUCGCCAUAUUUGUUGUCACUGAGAGAUGGCUGAUCCCCAGAGGGCACGAGGAGACGGUGGAGUCAGUACAGGGUUGCCAAACCUAUUUUCCGAAAAGUGGGGUAUACAGAUUUUUUUCUCUUGAGCCAAUUUUUAAAGCGUUGUUAAGGUAUAAUUGUACUAAACUGCAUAUAUUUAAAGUGUACAGUUUGAUAAGUUUUGACAUAGGUGUGAACUGAAACCAUCCUCAUAGCCCUGAUAAUGAUCUUAUCUCUGUAUAUUUUCCUCACAUCUUAUCAUAAUCUCUUCUCACCAUUCCUACCUUUCCAGCUAACAUUUCAGUUACUUUCCUUACAAUAGAUAACUUUACAUUUUCUUGAAUUUGUAUGACUGGAAUCAUAAACUGUUUACUGUUUUUAUCUGAUUGCCUCUAUGUUUCAUAAUUUGAGACUCAUCAGUGAUAUAUGAGUAGCUCAUCUCUUUCUGAGUAAUACUCUUAUCUAUGGAUAUACCACUGUUCAUCUUUUUGUGGUCAUUGAGGUUAUGUCUGUAUUUUGACUAUUGAAAAUAAAGCGGUUGCAAACAUUUGUGUCAGUUCUU